AUGAAGACUUCUACGAUCGUAACAAUGACAGCAACAGUUUUGUUUGGUACAUCGGCAGCAGCUCAAAACGUUUCAACCACUGGAUGUAUGGAAGUGAGUGUUAAGGAUGAUGCCACCUACUGCAUCCAGGGCCCGAUUUGUAGUGGACCUGGCUUGAAACCUGCUGGCUCACAAUGUCCUGUCAAAGGGGACAUAUCUUCGGCCGAUUGUCAUAGUUAUCUACCCAGCUACUCAAGCACGGGAAUUUGUCAGCUCCCUGUGGAAUCCACAUGUCAAGUCAUCGAGACUGGCGUUUGGGGCUGUGUGCUCUCGUUCGACGUUAACACCACCAACGUAACAGAUAUUGCUGCUGAUGACAUUAUCUUAAACUUAGUAUCAUUGUCCACAAAGCCGUCUUCCGAAACCACUUACAUUGGCGAAACCAUUUUCAUCGCUUCUAUCGCCGCUGGUGCCGCCUGUGUUGCAGCAGUUGUCGGCUUCGCACUGUAUAAGCAGCAUAAGAAAGCAUCUGAGAAUGUUGAUGAUAUAACGAAAUUUGUCGAUGUUGUAACGCCAUAA